AUGACUAGUUACCAGAACAUAUCAGAAUCCGAGAUCAAAGGGUACAAUGACUGUCCAGUUUUGGAUUAUCAGAGAACCCCAUCGUCAACCUCAUUGAAAACUAGAAGAAGGUUGGUGUCACAUAACACUACUGCUUCAAAAUCUACUUCAAAACCAUCUUUAACAUCCAUGAAUGGUCCUACUCCAAUACCCAGACCUCCAAGUGUCACUUCCUUGAAGAAAACUACUUCUCAAGCUUCCCUGAAUGCUCCAAAAGUUGAAGAAUCAAAAAUAUCUAAUGAAGAUCUGUUGGGCAAAUUGACAGAGAUCUUAAGUUUGAAAACUUGUUUGCAAGAUCGUGAAUUCAAACAUUAUGAGAAAAGACUAAUAGAUCAGUUUACCAAGGGACUAACAAAUGAUUCACAUAAGGCUGUUGUUUUGGCUAGCUUAGAAAACUAUCAAAAUAAAGAGCAGACUAAAAAUGAUUUGAUGAAAUUCAUGUUGGUAAACGAUGGUGUUUCAACUUGGUGUCUACCAUUGAGAAAGAUACUAGAAAACAUAAAACUAUAA